CCAUAGUCCGUGCAUCCAGCCUUCAGUCGACCGGAGAGGUGUUUUCCCCUGUACAGCGGAGAGAGAGAGGAACUACACGGCCAGGCGGAUAACGUUACUCACUCUGUCUGAGAAUGUACUAGUCUGAAGAAAUGGCAUGCGGAUACACUUUAAAACAAAUUACUUUAACUUGGUAGCAAUAUGGAUUAUGUCGUACUCAAGGGAAUGUGAACGGCCACUGGAGACUCAGGCUGGAAGUUUUGAAGGACCGAUCACGGCGCCUCUUCCCCGGUCCGGUGUUAUUACCGGGGUCCCAUUUUCCCGGGUAGCCCCAUGCAAAACAUAACGGCACCCGGCAGCCCCAACAACAACUCUGAUGUCAUUUGCUCCUGUAACUGCACCGGUCCCCAGCCGGAGGGAAUGGAGAUAUCCGUCCUGGAGUCUGCUCAGAUCCUCAUCAUCCUGGUCCUGAUGAUUGUAAUGCUGCUGGUGAUUGGCUGUCUGUUGAACCACUACAAGCUGUCUGUCUGCUCCUUUCCGACCAGACAGAGCCAGGCCCGGAGGCAAGCACAACACCUACAGCAGGAUGUGUGUCUCUGGCCGGCGGAGAGCGGCUCUCGACAAGGUGCCUCCGAGGUGGUGUAUGUGCCCCAGUCCAGGGAGAGGUUCACAGCCCCCUCCUUUAUGUACCGGGAUCGUUGCAGUCCCUUCCAGCCCACCUACCCCUACCUGCCCCACGACAUCCACCUUCCCCCCACCAUCUCCCUGUCUGAUGGAGAGGAGCCCCCGCCCUACCAGGGCCCCUGCACCUUACAGCUGAGGGACCCAGAGCAGCAGUUGGAGUUAAACAGGGAGUCGGUCAGGGCCCCCCCCAAUAGAACCAUCUUCCACAGUGAAGUGAUAGACAUGCACAGUGGAGGGGGGGGAGGGCCGAGACCACCCAGCAGUAACUCUGGUAUCAGCGUAGCCAAUAGCAGCAGCCACAGACGCAUGGAACGCUCGCCUCCGGCAUAUUGCGAUGUGAUUGGUCACUUUUUUCACCACCCACACAGCAGUAACCCACUCGGGACCUGGACCGGGGGUGGGACCAGCCAGCAGGGCCAAUCAGAAAGCACAAUACCUGCCAAGGCCCUGAAAGGGGAGGAGCUGAGGUUUUGGCCUUUCUCGGGAGUUUUUCCUAGCCACCGUGCUUCUACACCUGCAUUGCUUGCUGUUUGGAGUUUUAGGCUGAGUUUCUGGACAGCACUUUGAGAUAUCAGCUGAUGUAAGAAGGGCUUUAUAAAUAAAUAUAUGAGUUAAUACGUGUUAAAAUCACCUUUUGGCAGCGACUACAGCUUUGAGCCUUCAUGGGUAAAGUCUCUAAGAGCUUGUUGCACACCUGAAUUGUACAAUAUUGGUACA